AGACAUUUAUUCUUGUCGCUGUUUUAUUUUGUUUUCGCUCAUUCACAAUAAUGGAACGAGUUAUCUUCUCAAAAUGGAAUCCUUGAGAUGUCUUCAAAACCACUACUUGAAUGUCUCCUGCUCAUAAUAUUUUUCAGUUGCUCAUGAAGGAUGGCAAACAGCUCCGCACACACUUUCCAUCAGCCAAAUGAGCUCUAUGCGGCUUCUCUAAAGAACGAGUCCAGCAGGCUCUCUGACGAUUCCGAUGAUGAGGACAUGGUUCGCCCAGCGUUUUCUACUGCCGCAAGGGUGGACAAACGUAAGUUUGCAGACAUGGAUGAUGAGAAAAGUCCUUCUAAAAUGCAGAAGAUCCAUUUAUCUACUGCAUAUACUGGCCGGACGAACGACACUGGGGCUGUGAAAAUGAUGAAAAAACAUGAACCACAAGAUCAAACAGAUGGGGCCAAGGAAUCAGGUGAUGGUGCUUCUGGUGCGAUAGGUGGAGCCUACAGCACUGCUGCAGAAAAAAUGAUGUCCAAGAUGGGCUACAAGGCGGGUACCGGUUUGGGAAAGCAUGCCCAAGGUCGUGUUGAUCCCGUGGAGGCAUCCAUGCAGAGGGGCAGACGCGGUCUGGGGCUCAACAUCAAAGGACUGGAGCCGAACAUGUUUCUGGAGUGGUCCAUGGAGAGUGAUCCAGUGACAAUCGAUGAGACUGUGGACUGGUUGCCAUCUUGUAAAGACCCUGUGCCCAGUCUGGAUCAGCUCAGGUCCUGGAUGAAGAUUGGCCCUAAAAAGCACACAUUGGAUGAUGAAGACAGUUUUUGUUCUGAAGGAACAUUGCAGAAUGUUCUAGCCAGUAAGAGUAUAUUUGAUAGUCUGGAGCCAGAAGAGAUGAGAAAGGCUCGCACACGGUCAAAUCCCUACGAAACUAUCAGGGGGGCUUUCUUCCUAAACAGGGCAGCCAUGAAGAUGGCAAACAUGGAUGCUGUGCUCAAUUUCAUGUUCACCAAGCCCAAGCACCCUGAUGGGAAGCCGAUGUUGGGUCACAAUGACCUGCUGUACUUUGCUGACGUGUGCGCCGGCCCAGGAGGGUUUAGUGAGUACGUGCUGUGGAGGAGCAAGUCAGAGGCAAAGGGCUUUGGGAUGACCCUUAAAGGAGAAUGUGACUUCAAAUUGGAGGACUUCUUUGCAGGACCACCGGAAAUGUUUGAACCCCAUUAUGGAAUUGGCGGGGCAAAUGGCAAUGGGGACAUCUUCAAUGCUGACAAUCAGAAAGCCUUCAUUGACUUUGUCCUGGAAAACACUUCAGGGCUGGGUGUUCACUUUGUGAUGGCUGAUGGGGGUUUCUCAGUUGAAGGGCAGGAGAACAUCCAGGAGAUUCUGUCCAAGCAGCUCUACCUGUGUCAGUUUCUUGUGGCCAUUUCCAUAAUAAGGACAGGCGGCCAUUUUGUGUGCAAGCUUUUUGACUUGUUCACACCAUUCAGCAUUGGACUGGUUUAUCUCAUGUACAGAAUAUUUGACCAGGUGUCAAUAUUCAAGCCAGUCACCAGCAGGCCGGCUAAUUCAGAAAGAUACAUAAUCUGUAAAGGGCUGCGUGGGGACCGUGAGCCAGUGAGACAGUACUUCCAUGAGGUGAACCUUGCUCUCAACAAGUACCUGGUCUCUACGUCAAUGGAGGAUGUGAAUGAGAUAGUGCCCAUGGAGUACCUGCAGAACAAUGGGCCUUUCUACGAGUACAUGUGUAACUCCAAUGACAGUCUAGGAGAAAUCCAGAUACUAAACUUGAAGAAAAUCCAGGCCUUCACUCGAAACACAAAUCUUGUGGACACCAGACAGGCUGAUAUCCGUAAACAGCUGUUAGAGAAAUGGAAGGUGGACGAUGAGUUAAGAGUAGCCCCACCAAAGGUUCUCCCAGAUCAUAAAUGUCAGGACCUUCUCAAUGGUGAUGACCAGUUCCUAGAUCAUGUGACCAAUCAGCUGACCCUAGAGAAUCUGCGGUCCAUCACAAGUGUGUUUGACUAUCGAUGUAUGGUGACGGGGGACCACCCUGAGAAACAAGUCUUCUUACUGGGCCUUGGGAGGUCCAAGGUUUUUCAGCGUGAGUGCAAGGCAGGUUCCCGUUGGCAGAAGCUGGAUAACAAUAAACUGUUUGUGGAGUUGCCGAGAGAUACAUUGCUACAUGCUGAGAUUGUCACUGAACUAAGGGGGGAGGGGACUGGGCAGAUGAAAGUGAACACAGUCCAUGUGUUGGAUGCACUGUUCCUGUGUGGAAAGGAUGUGCGAAAUCUGCACUUCAAUGAACGAAUUCUGCAAGUGCAAAGGUUUGUGAAGUGCAUCACUAAGCCAACCAUAUCAAAGCUAGCCAGAGUUGUCGUACCUGACAUUUAUCGUCUGGAAGAUCUCAGCAAAAUAUUUGAAAGAUUGGUAUUGAGGAAGGUGAAAGGUCAAGGUCCGUCCCCAAGGCUGUGUUACUGCCCCCAGCACGCCUCUGACAGCCAAUUCUUCCGUCCUUCAGGAGUUUACAUAAUCAAAACUGUGAAAGCUCCAUGGACGAUGCAGUGGAGCAAAUCUCAAAACAAAAAGUACUUUUUCAACCUCCAUAAAGGAGAGUCACUAUUUGACAUGCCAAAGGAGAGUAUAGCGUCUGUCAGUGACAGCAAGCAGCAUAGCUACCACUGGACGUGGGAGGGAAUCCGUCUGCUGGAAGAGCAGCAGGGCCAGGACGACGACUCCAAACUGUCCAAGGCCACCAUCCUUGAGUACCUCCAUAGACUCAUGCCUCACCGGUGACACUGCUGGCUUCAUGAGGAGCGGGAUAAAGAAAUAUUAUGUUUAAAGUUAUACCUAAGCCUUUUCAAGAAAUUGACACACUUUUGAAUAAAGUUCUAUUUUAAAAAUUGCUCAAUUGAUUCCUUCUUUUCAAAACAGGUUUUUAGACUCCGUUAUGAAGUAAGGGGUAUACUGGAAUCUCACUGGACUGGAAGUUGUUCAUGUUUGAUUUUUAUCAUACUACAUCAACAGUUUCAAAAGUUAUGCCCCCUUUUCAACCUAGACAUUGCUAAAUAUUUAUACAUUCAGCAUGAAAACAUCUUAUUUUUAUGUCCCUAUAAACUAUAGUGGGGGACAUAUUGUUUUUGCCCUAUCUGUCUGUUGGUUUGUUUGCUCUAACUUUAACAUUUUGCCAUAUCAUUUGCAAUAUUGAAGAUAGCAACUUCAUAUUUGGCAUGCAUGUGUAUCUCAUGGAGCUGCACAUUUUGAGUGGUGAAAGGUCAAGGUCAUCCUUCAAGGUCAAAUAUAUAGCUUCAAAGCGGCGCAGAAGGGGACAUAGUGUUUCCGACAAACACAUUUCUUGUUAGUGUAUAUGUGAACAGUGUAAUGCGAGACAAAACGGGAUCUUUACAGACUCAAAGUAUAGUUGAAUCAAUUGUUGUCAAAGAUGUUGUUUUUACCAUGCAUUAUAAAUACAAUUAUUGAUAAUUAUAA